UUAUUUCAUUUAGUAAACACAUUAUUCGUGUAAAUAUAAUUUAGUGUAAAUAAAAUUGGGCACCAGUAGUAGUAAAACACUAAAAUGGAUCCCUUAACGAGAUUCCUCGUGUACAACAAAAUACCAGUAUCAAAAUACAGCAUGACGUAUGAAGCUAUGAGAUCAGAGAAAAAACAACAAAAACAAAAAGGCGCGGAAAUCGAUAAGAGGCUUCUGCUUUUGUCACCAGAUCUCGGAAGGAUGUCGGACGAACGUGUACUAUACGCAAGGAAUCGGCAGCCGGGAGCGAGGCCUGCGGUGGUGGGCGGCACGGCCAUAACGGAGGAAUUGGCUGGCGAACUUCGUAUUAUUGCUUUCGGGACGGCAUCAUGCCCUCCUCGUGGUGAAUGGAUCCACACUCCGCUGGUCAUGAGACCCUCGGAACAGCCCCUGGCGUACGGUCUGGCGGCUCAACGGAACGGCACCAGGUCCUUGCUGUCGGCUCUACAGGCUCAUAUCAUCAAGUGGCUACUGUUUGAUUCGAGGCCCAUGACAAAGGAUAACAAGUCUGCUGAACCACCGGAAAGUUACCUACGCCCCUCGGAGGAGCGCCAAGAAGAAGCUCUGUGGCGCGCCUGCAGUGAAGUGAUAUGGCGCUGCGGUGACGGAUCGACUUCGCAAACCGAAGCCAAGGUCACAGUCGCGCUGCCUACGACCACAGCCUACGUGCAACACAGUCCUCAGUAUUACCAGGAUGGGAUUACUGAAAUGCUGCAUUUAUUCGAGUUUAAGAGUCUGGAGGAUCUGCAAAUAUUUAUAAAACGCUACUUAUACCUGUUUCAGACAGAAGAUGGAUCGGGGUCCUUACUGCUUUUGUAUGCUUGUAUCUUGUCACGAGGUUGCGAGAAUGUGAAAAAGGACCUCGAUGGUAAACUGACAUAUCUGGUAUCAACUCAAGUGGAAGGUUCUCUGAACGUGGCCACUCUACUACUGACCGGACGAGCGACUCCCUAUCUACAUAACGGAGUGCAAUAUGUGGGAGAUGAAGAUCAUUACGCAAUGCCACAAUUUGGGGUUCUGUCUCGCAGCUCUGUGGGCCUUCUCGUUUGGUACGGGAACGAAGACGGCGUAACCAAGAAUGUGACGAAACAAAACCCAGGCUCCCGUUUGAAGACACCGGCUUUACCUAUUUGGGUGACGUGCUGUUCGGGCCACUACGGCGUCUUGUUCAAUACAAACCGUGAACUACUGCGUAACUACCAUGCAGAGAGAAGGUUCGAUAUCCACUAUUACACGUGCGGCGGUUGUCACGUUCUGCUCAACGUGGACACUCGGGCACACGAGGACUUGGCCCCGCUGAGAAAUGAUGACAUCACAGCCACUCCGCUUGAGAAACUUAUCCACACGAAAUGGCAGGAAGCCAAGAUAACCUGGUCUGGCGCGGUGCCCUUUGCGGGAGACUCGCCGAACUAACGGCUCAGCGUCUAAUUGCUUUAGUUAUAGCCCGGUAUUAUUUACUCGUAGAUAUAUCGCCCACGUAGAUGCACGUUGAUGUUAGAAACCAUAAUACAAAUACACUUCGCUUAGUCUACAUAUAUAAAGGCAGGCGUCCACUGAUCGCGUCGUACGUAUCUGAGGUAUUGUAUUUUUAAUUUUACAGUACGUUCGAUCCGUACGAAGGAUCACUGGACGUGGUUUAAUGGGAUGAUUACGCGAUACGUAUGCGGAUCUGUGGAGGCCUACCACUGUAACGAGGUAAAGUAUCUAGAAUUACUGAACUGAUUUUGAAAAAUAUUUUAUCACUAGGAAGCAAAGUAUUUUUGUUGUAUUCUGACGGUAACGGGUACGUGGGUAAAACCUUCGUCCACGUGGAAUUCAGUUUUUCACAAAUCACUCAAAAAAAUUAUUAAAAUUAUUUCGGGAUAAAAGGAAGCCUAUGUGUUAAUCCCGGGUAUUUAAAACGAAGAUGAUCUAUCUGUGUUUUAAAUUUCAGCGAAAUUGGUUCAGUAGUUAUGGCGUCAAAGGGUAACAAACCUCCAUACAUCCAUACAAACUUUCGCGUUUAUAAUAUUAGUAAGAUAUCGUAGCUUUUACCAACCUUCUAGCGAAUAAUACACAAACAAAGAAAUUAUCAUUUGUUUUUCUGUGCUAUAGCCUAAUGUGUGCUUCAAUGUACUAUAAUAAUUAACUAGCUUAAUAUUAAAAAGUAGUAGCGUUAGAACUCUUAGUGGCAGUGGUCGUUGGGAUAUAAUCACCCAAUUAUGAAGGGUAUGAUUUCUGGAUGAUUUUUUUUUAUUGAUAAAGAAUAUAAUUGAGACUUAAGCUAACUUAUCCUAUACAUAAUACCAUGCCCAAGUGGAAUAGUGGCAAAAAUACUGGCUGCAUUUCCCCGUUGGUCAUGGACAGUCAGGCUGAUCCGUUGCGCAAAAAAUGAGCCAGCCCUUCCGUCACCAUUCGAGGCAAGUAAAAAUAAUUCAAAACAUUUUUUUGUGCAAAUAAGUCGGAUAUUUGGAUUCUAACAUGAUUGUUUAUGUAAUUCUCUUAUAUACCGAUUUGUGAUGA